AUGCAGAUCCACCCAGCCCUGCAGCCAGUGCACGGUGAAGGAAUAUUUGCUCUUACAUCUUACUUUGCAACAUCUGCCAAAGGACUUUGUGAUGAGAAAAUUCUCAGCCCCAAGAAGACAGCCAGGAGGAAUUCAGUUAAAAAGAUUGUCUUUCAGGAAACCGGAGGACAUCCGGACCAAGUCCCAUACAUCAUGGUGUGGCUGGACCUCGCCCAGAGCCCUCCACCGUGGGUGCCGCCCUCCGCCAAAAUCGCUGUUGUCUCUAGCCCAGAAAACACUCGAGGACCAGCCGCAAGGGGGCCAUCCGCACCUCCCCGACCCCCCCUCUACCCGGAAACAGACGACUCGCUCCUUCUCUCUGAGCCCUCGCCCUACCCGGCGGCCCUGCCGCCUCCUCUGGCCCCUCAGGCGAUCGGACCGGUGCCGGGCCAGGCGCCCGAUAGUUCCGAUCCUGAGGGACCAGCCGCUAGGACCAGGAGUCGCCGUGCCCGCAGUCCGGCAGACGACUCAGGUCCUGACUCCACUGUGAUUUUACCCCUCCGAGCCAUAGGACCCCCAGCCGAGCCCAACGGCCUAGUUCCUCUACAAUAUUGGCCUUUUUCCUCAGCAGAUCUUUAUAAUUGGAAAUCUAACCAUCCUUCUUUUUCUGAAAAUCCAGCAGGACUCACGGGACUCCUUGAGUCUCUUAUGUUUUCUCAUCAGCCCACUUGGGACGAUUGCCAACAGCUCCUACAGAUUCUUUUCACCACUGAGGAGCGAGAAAGGAUUCUCCUAGAGGCCCGCAAAAAUGUCCUUGGGGACAACGGGGCCCCCACUCAACUCGAGAACCUCAUUAAUGACGCCUUUCCCCUCAACCGACCUCAGUGGGAUUACAACACAGCUGCAGGUAGGGAGCGUCUCCUGGUCUACCGCCGGACUCUAGUGGCAGGUCUCAAAGGGGCAGCCCGGCGCCCCACCAAUUUGGCCAAGGUAAGAGAGGUCUUGCAGGGACCGGCAGAACCCCCUUCGGUUUUCUUAGAACGCCUAAUGGAGGCCUAUAGAAGGUACACUCCGUUUGAACCCUCUUCUGAGGGGCAGCAGGCUGCGGUCACAAUGGCCUUCAUCGGACAGGCAGCCCCAGAUAUCAAGAAAAAGUUACAGAGGCUAGAGGGGCUCCAAGAUUAUUCCUUACAAGAUUUAGUGAGAGAGGCAGAAAAGGCUACCCUACUACCAGCCGAACCGGAAGUCACCCCAGUGCACAGGUGUUCCGAGAUCCUCGCCGAAGAAACUGGGACUCGCCGGGACCUAAAAGACCAGCCAUUGCCUGGGGUGCCAACUUGGUAUACGGACGGUAGUAGUUUUAUGGCGGAAGGUAGACGGCGGGCAGGGGCCGCCAUCGUAGAUGGCCAGCGGACGGUGUGGGCGAGCAGCUUGCCGGAAGGUACGUCAGCUCAAAGGGCCGAACUGGUGGCUUCGACCCAGGCGUUGCGCCUGGCUGAAGGAAAAAACAUCAACAUCUACACAGACAGCAGAGUGCUGGCAGAAACUACCAAACCUCAAGAGCCAAUCGAACCCGCCCAGACAAAGGCCAAGCUAGGAGAACUCACCCCUGACCAGGGAAAAGAAUUCAUUCAACGGCUACACCGGCUGACACACUUGGGACCAGCAAAAACUUCUCCAAUUGAUAAACCGCACCAGCCUCCUCAUCCCAAACCUCUCGUCUGCAGUUCGCGAAGUCGCCAGUCAGUGUCAAGCUUGUGCCAUGACUAA